AUGCCAGAUACGGCCUCCUUAAAUUCGCAAAGCGCACGCUCCACUGCCACUAGAUCCAUCUUCAACAAAGGCCCUACCUUCACUCUCGAAGCCUUCUCUAACCGCGACUUCAUUGUCAAAGAUUUCAUCGAGUCCCUUUCAGACUCUGUCAUCCCGGCCUCCCAGCGCCGGUCAGGCGGACCUAGCAGCAAUCAACCCUUCGACCCGAAACCCCUUAUUCGUACCUUUGAACAUGCCCAGCGUCGUAUGGUCGAGUUGUCUGGCGACCUGGAGCUACGGGAAAAUGAACUGUCCGCCGCUGUGAGAAGGGCAGAGGCCCAGCAUGCGCAAAAUGUUACUUCGCUUGGCUUCAAAUUAAGCCAGACCAUCGAGUCGUUUCAGAAGUUGGAUACAUCCCUGAAUGGGCCAGGCGGAGGAGGCGGUGGCAAUAUUGCUGUUGAAACAGGAAAGAAGCUAGAGGAUCUCGAUCGUCAGAGACGGAGGGCCUUGGAUGCCCAUUUCCUUAUCGAAUGUUGGGAUGAAGUUAGCAACCGUGGGGAAUUAUCCCUCUUGGAAAAUUUGAGACGAUCAGGAAGCGGUGAGGGAAAGGUUAGGUGUGCGCAUAUUGCAAGACAGCUGCUCAGAAUAAGCAGGAGAUUGGAUCCCAAAAGCUGGAGUGAGGAAAAUGGCAGUGUCGGGAUGAAUGGAACAUCAAUGAACGCCUCCUCUCCUGCGAAGCGCAUAAAUACAAGGGAGAUUAUAGAAAAGUUCUCAGAGACAUUGGAGAAAGAUCUGCUGAAGCAGUUUGAUGACUUCUAUCGGAAAGCGAAUUUUGAUGGGAUGCGGGACUGUGCAGCUGUGUUAUACGAUUUCAAUGGCGGCGCCAGCGUGGUUGGAUUAUUCGUUAAUCAGCACCAGUUCUUUAUUGACCGCAGCCAGCUCAUUACCGAGGAGAUUGGAAGAGAUGCGGAAACGUGGGAAAUGCUGGCUGACCCUGACGCUGACCCACCAGUUGUUGAGCAUAGCCUUCAGUCUCUGGUGGACGAGGUCAAGGUUGUGGUUCAGGAGGAGUCUACAAUUAUUAAACGCGCGUUUCCGUAUUACGAGCAGGUUCUCGAGAAGUUUUUGCAGAGGAUUUUCCAACAAUCCAUACAGCAGCGACUAGAAAUGGUAUUAGAUAAGGCUAAUAGUGUGUCGUCGUUAGCGUUCUUGAGGUCUCUCCAAACCGCCCGGAGUUAUAUCAGCAGCUUGAUCGAUGAUAUGAAGUCCCAUGGCCUAACAGAACACCCCGAAACCAUAUCUGUCAAGACUGCCAUUAUCCUGGAUCAGCAACUGGAAGACCUUUUCGUUCCCUAUUUUGGAAGCUCAUCCUACAUCGAAAGAGAAAAGAAAAAUUUGGAGGAGCUUUACACGUCACUCAUGUUUAAAUUUACAACUUUCCAUAGUCGCAGGAAGAAAUCCACAACGACAUUCAUGUCGUCUCUGGCGAAAUCUGGCAGCGAACUCAUUCACUCUGCCAGAGAUGCCUAUGUCAGUCGACUAGAUUCCUCUGACUUCACCCCCACUCAGAAACGAAUGCUGCUGCGUGUUGCUGGCCUGAAAGACAAUUCAGAUUUACACAAACAAAAUGAAAUUGAGCUUACGGAAGAAGAUGGCCGCUUGAACCCCGCUUUUGCGAAGCGAAUGUUGAAAUGGCUUGCAGAAGGGGUUGGACGAGAUCUGGAAUUGGCCGUCAGCAGCGAAACGCCGAAGGAUGUUUCCGCGCUUCUGAACAUGCUUCUGUCUAUGAUGGGGGAAGGAUAUGUCGAGGUUGCGCUCGAUGGGGCACUCGAGUCUGCGUCAAGCCAGGAAUCCACAAAGACAGAACCCGACUUCUUAUAUUUAGGCAGCUUACGUCCUGCGAUUAGUAUCACACAUCUCAUGAUGACAUGUAUUAACACCGUGCUUAUUCCAUUAGCAGCCGGAAACAUUACUAUCAGGAGAGAUAUGGAGAAAAAGGCGGCUCUAGCAGUGAACCAGAUCGAGGAUAAAAUCAAUUCUAUCGAGCAGAAAACUGUAGACGUGACGUUGUCCUGGGUGUCACGACUUCUUUCUGGCCAGCGAAAGAACGAUUUCCGCCCUAAAGAAAAUGUCACAGAUGGCGACCCGGCAUGGUUGGAAAUGCUGCAGACACCCACUUGCGCCGCUAUUUCCACCUUUCUCAACCGCCUACAUACCACAAUUCUCACUUCUCUCUCCUCGAGCGGCUCCAACAUCAAAACUUUCCUCACAGAAAUCGCCCUGGGUGUCCGCACCUUGCUUCUCGAGCAUUUCAAGCGCUUCCCCGUUAACGGCCCCGGCGGCCUUAUGGUCACCAAGGAUAUGACCUGCUACGUAGACUUACUGCGAUCAUGGGAUAUUGAUGAAGCUGUUAAGGGCGUUGGUGGGGCGCUCGAUGUUCUGCUAGAAGUUGGCAGUUUGUUCGUCGUUGGGCCUGAAGCGUUGCGAGAGCGGGUUCGGGCAGGAGCUACGAGAACUACUGGUCGGGGUGGUGCUGGCCCCGGAACAAGCAGGACAGGCGGAUCCGGAAGCACGGCACAAGCCACAGCAGGAUCAGGGUUGACCGUUGAGGAAGUCAGAGCCUAUGUCAUGAGAAGAGAAGAUUCGGGGAGUGUAGGGAUGCAGAUUGUUUUCAAUGCGUUGUGA